AUGACUGAGACUGACAAAAAGCAAGAACAAGAAAACCACGCGAACUGCGAGGACAAACCCAAACCAUGUUGUGUUUGUAAGCCAGAAAAGGAGGAGCGGGAUACGUGCAUCUUGUUCAAUGGACAAGACUCUGAAAAAUGCAAGGAGUUCAUUGAGAAGUACAAACAGUGCAUGAAGGGCUAUGGUUUUGAAGUUCCAAGUGCGAAUUAA